UGAGAGCGCACGGGGAGGAGGGCACCAAUCCUCCCAAACUCAUACACAAGCGCUUCCAACCCUUAAAACACACACACACACCCUAUCUCCACGGAUACUAAACUUAAACACAACACGUCCACCAUACCCUCGAAGGAUCAGACUUGAACAUCAUCACACACCACGCGUUUUUCCGUGGAAUGAGCAUUCCAUGCAGCAUCUUAGGUAUGAAUGACGUGGCCUGGCAGGAGACUUGUGGCGGGAUGCUGCACACAAAUGGUGCACCAGAGACCGGAGGGGUCAGAGUCCACGCAGGGGGUUCACUAGCCACAGUGGGAGGUGCUGGGCAGGGACCUGGAGGAGCUCACCCUCUGCCAGGUAUGGACCGGAUGGCAAAUCCCAAUCCCAGCACCCCACAGCCUCCACUGAGCGGUCGUUCCCAAGAUGAUGCCACUGUGGGCUAUUUUUUUCAAAGGCAGCCUGGGGAGCAGUUGGGUGCCUGCACUGCAAGCAAACACCGCUGGCCUACUGGUGAAGGAAACCAUGCUGACCAGGUGCGCAUUGUGGAUGAGAUGAAUUAUGAUUUUCAAGCCUUGGCUCUGGAGUCUCGUGGAAUGGGUGAGCUUCUUCCUGCAAAAAAAUUGUGGGAAUCAGAUGAAUUGGUAAAAGAUGCACGUAAAGGGAUGUUGCUGGGUGAAGAAUGGAGAGAGAAUGCCUGGGGUUCUUCCCAUCAUUCUGUCUCUCAGCCCAUUAUGGUGCAAAGACGACCAGGCCAGAGCUACAAUGGGAACGGAGAUGCCAGCUCAGUACUGUCCCCACGCUCAGAAGGGGGUGGUCUGGGUGUGAGUAUGGUUGAGUAUGUCCUCAGCUCUUCCCCUGGAGACAAGAUGGAUGGUCGCUACAGAAACGGAGGCUAUGGUGGAGCAGAGGCAGAUCUAGAUGGCAGGGAGAAAGGUGAUUCAAAAGAAAAGGCUUCUCCAUUUGAAGAAGACAAAAAUCCUGAGAUGAAAGUCGGAGAUGAAGGGGAUGCCUCAAAAUCAAAUUCCAGAGGAUUGCUGAAUGGGAUGGAUCGCGACUGUAAAGACUUCAAUCCUACCCCAGGUAGUCGCCAGGCGUCCCCCACAGAGGCAGUAGAACGGUUGGGGCCCGGUCAGGCCGGGUUGGAAAUGAUGGCACAGCACCACCCGCAUGCUCUGCAGCCACCUAACCCUGUCACAAACAAACCUCCCACUGAGGACUUCCAGAGCCAGGAAGCCCAGAGCAUGGGCAGCAUGGAGCACCAGGCGGGCAUGGAGUCACUCCAAUUUGAAUAUGCUGGGAACCAGAUCCAGGUGGACUCAUCUGGUACUCCAGUCGGCCUUUUUGACUACAACUCCCAACAGCAGUUGUUCCAGAGAUCCAGCCAUCUCACAGUUCAGCAGUUGACCGCAGCACAGCAGCAACAGUACGCCCUUGCUGCAGCCCAACAGCAACACCUUGGACUUGCACCUGCGUUUGUGCCAAACCCUUACAUCAUCAAUGCUGCUCCUCCUGGAGCAGAUCCUUACACUGCUGCAGGUUUGGCAGCAGCUGCUACCCUUGCAGGUCCAGCUGUAGUCCCUCCUCAGUACUAUGGAGUCCCGUGGGGUGUAUAUCCGGCCAACCUCUUCCAACAACAGGCUGCAGCCAGUCAUUCUGCCAACCAGCAGGCAUCCAAUCAGGGUCCAGGUCUGGGACAACAGGUGAUACGUGCAGGGACAAAUCAGCGACCUUUGACCCCUGGCCAGAGCCAGCAGAGUCAGCAGGAAUCCCUUGCUGCAGCCGCCGCAAACCCAGCACUGGCCUUCACAGGCAUGACAGGUUACCAAGUUCUAGCACCAGCUGCUUACUAUGAUCCGAGUGGAGCGCUGGUUAUGGGUCCUGGAGCUCGCACUGGCUUGGGUGGACCUGUCCGACUAGUCCAAACCCCACUCCUCAUCAACCCAGCAGCUGCACAAGCUGCUGCAGCAGCAUCUGCCUCAGGCUCUGGUAACAGCAUGUCUGGUCCUGCUAAUGCUCUGUAUCGAUCCAUGGGCUGCCAACAGCCCCAGCAGCCUCAACCUCAGCAGCAACCACCCCCACCCUCUAGUGGCCUGCCCUCCAACUCCUUCUACGGCUCUGGUUCAGUGGCUCCCAGCUCCCAGAGCAGCUCGCUGUUCUCUCAUACAAGCGUGGCACCUCCUAGCACCUCUCUGGGUUUCAGCAGCACUGGUGGAUCUCUAGGUGUUGGGCUGGGAUCUGCACUCGGUGCCUUUGGCUCCUCAGUAUCAAGUUCCACUAGCAGCAGCACAACCCGUCGGGACUCACUUUUGGCCAGCUCUGACCUGUAUAAGCGUGGUGGUGGUAGCAGCUUGACGCCCAUUGGUCAAUCUUUUUACAACAGCCUAGGAUACUCUUCCUCUCCCAGCCCCAUUGGACUGACGCCUGGUCACUCCCCUCUGACGCCUCCACCCUCUCUGCCCUCCUCCCAUGGGUCCUCAUCCAGCCUCCAUCUGGGUGGUCUGACUAAUGGCAGUGGCCGUUAUAUUUCUGCUGCACCGGGAGCAGAAGCCAAAUAUAGGAGUUCAGGCAGUACCUCCAGUCUUUUCAGCUCUAGCAGUCAGCUCUUUCCCCCACCACGAGCCCGCUACAGCCGCUCAGAUGUCAUGCCUUCGGGACGUAGCCGCUUAUUAGAGGAUUUCCGGAAUAAUCGCUUUCCCAACCUGCAGCUGCGAGACCUGCCUGGUCAUAUGGUGGAGUUCUCUCAAGAUCAGCAUGGAUCCAGGUUUAUUCAGCAAAAAUUGGAACGUGCAACUCCUGCAGAGAGACAGAUGGUGUUUGGGGAGAUCUUACAGGCUGCUUACCAACUUAUGACCGAUGUCUUUGGGAACUAUGUCAUACAGAAGUUCUUUGAGUUCGGCAGUAUGGAUCAGAAACUGGCACUUGCGACUCGUAUCCGUGGUCAUGUGUUGCCUCUGGCUCUGCAGAUGUAUGGUUGUCGUGUAAUUCAAAAAGCUUUGGAAUCCAUCUCUUCUGACCAGCAGGUAAUUAGUGACAUCGUAAGGGAGUUGGAUGGCCAUGUGCUGAAAUGUGUGAAGGAUCAGAAUGGAAAUCAUGUUGUGCAGAAAUGCAUUGAGUGUGUCCAGCCCCAGGCUCUUCAGUUCAUCAUUGAUGCCUUUCAGGGACAGGUGUUUGUUUUGUCCACUCAUCCGUAUGGCUGCAGGGUGAUCCAGCGUAUAUUGGAGCACUGUACCCAGGAGCAGACCCUGCCCAUCCUGGAAGAACUCCACCAGCACUCUGAGCAGCUGGGACAGAAGUAUCAAGGCGUUUCAUUGGAGAUGACCCCCAAAACAUAUUAUACAGUGUCCAGCGAUGCACUGUUCAAGGAUCAGUAUGGUAACUACGUGAUCCAGCAUGUUUUAGAGCAUGGGCGUCCAGAAGACAAGAGCAAGAUAGUGGCGGAGGUCAGAGGGAAGGUUCUGGCUCUGAGUCAGCAUAAAUUUGCAAGUAAUGUUGUUGAGAAGUGUGUGAUUCAUUCGUCCCGUGCGGAGAGGGCCCUGCUGAUCGAUGAAGUCUGCUGUCAGAAAGAUGGCCCUCACAGUGCCCUCUACACCAUGAUGAAGGACCAGUAUGCAAAUUAUGUAGUGCAAAGAAUGAUUGACAUGGCGGAACCUGCCCAGCGCAAGAUCAUCAUGCACAAGAUUCGGCCCCAUAUUGCAACUCUCCGUAAAUACACAUAUGGAAAACACAUCCUGGCUAAGUUGGAGAAGUACUACAUGAAGAGUGGAUCAGACCUAGGCCCAAUUGGGGGCCCCACCAACGGCCUAAUGUAAGGGCCUCAGACCCAAACCACACCUCUUUCCCUCAAAAACAUGUCUGUUAUGGGCACCUCCACCGUGGAGUUCAUACCUUUUAGAGGUUUUAACCAAAAAAAAAAUGAAAUGAGAAAAAAAAAUAGGAUUCACAGAAGAAUGCUGAAACGUCUGACCAUUUCCUGGUGCAGUGCCCAUUAUUACCUCCACCACCCCCACUAGAGAGUGCAUGGUCUGUAAGUGGUUUCCUGGGUAAAGCACAACACCUUUGUUUAUGAUGUAAUUGAUGUAACUGACCAUUUCCUUUUUUUUCUAAUAAAUAUCUUGUACAUUUUUUACUUUGUACAUUAUCUGUAGAAAAAAAAAACUUUUCUGAAAAUUUAAAGUUCUUACAAUUUACACCAGCAAGUGACUUUAUAAGGCCAAACUGAGUGAUCCUUUUUAAUUGUUUUUAUAUCUAUACUACUAAAUGGCACAUUUAAGAAGUGUGCUACAUUUAAGCCGUUUUAGCCCGAUGGUACACAUGCCAGAGCCAGUCAAAAUAAUGAAUCAGUCAGCUUGAUCUUAAAAAAAAAAAAAAAAAUCUUGUUUUGUAGAUGACCAUUUCUGUCUGCCAUGCCAUUGAGUUAGUAGUGUUAAGAUAUUCUCAACCAAUCAUAGAGCUUCGUUGCCUUUAAAUGGGAGUUGUAUCAAUCAGAAGUGGUUUGACAUGUUUGCAAUUGCCUUGCAAUUACUUAGAGUAACUGCUCCAAUUAUUAUCUUUCUUUUUAUUUCUUGUUAUUUUAAGUUUAGUUUCACUAUACUAUAUGCCCCACUGACCAAGUCUGUUGCACACCUUUUGUCUUGGUUCACUAUGUUUUGAAUAAAGUGUAAGGACACCAGUGCACCUGCCAUUUUACACAGCUUUGAGUUAGACAGAUACCUGGAAUUUUUCAAUUUUGGGGUGUGUGGGAGGUAUUCGAGGCAUGCAGGGGGUGGGGGGAUUUGGCAUGCUGUGACUGGAUUUAAUGUUUUAAUGGAAUUAUUUUUUUCUUUGUCAUCAUGUUUGUGGAACAUCUGUUGAGUAGUUUUUCUGAACACUGCCCUAGAAAUGGUAUGGUUGUAUACUGAUUAUCUCUUUACAUUGUAAUAGCUUAGGCAAAAUGUUUAGCAUUUUCAUGUACAUGUACAAAUAUUAAAUUGUUGCUGUUUUUCGGGUGUGGGAGAUGGCGCUUGAGUUUUAGAUGAUGCUCUCCUGGGCAAAGUGAAGUUGGUAGGCGGCGUUCCUGUCCUUGGUGUCAUCCAAGGACGUUUGGCUUUGGAGCAAAUAGAACAGAAUUGAUGUCAUGAACGUGAGACACUGCGGGGUAGGAUCAAAGGUGUAGAUUGAGAAUGUGCAAGAGUAUACUUUUCAGAGAAUGGACGUGGGGCUGCCGUCAUUUUCUGCACAAUUUUUCUGUAUGGCUAAUAUAUUAAUUGCUUUUGUUCCUUUGCUUCAUAUGAAUAAAUGUAGAAUACAUGUAGUAUAUGGGGAGUUAAGUGUAAGUUUAUUAGUUAAAUAGAAGGAAAAAAUCUAGUUGUGAUGUUGAACAGGCCUUGCUAAAUUACGUAGUGAUUUGCUUUUAUUUUGUCUGUACAGAUGUACAUUUGUAAACGUUAACGCUGUAAAUGGAAUGUCUUUUACACUUUUUGGGGAAGAAAAAUCAAAAAUGUGCAUUUUGAUGUGUGAAUAUUCAUCACUCCUUUCCCUUUGAAUAUAAUGUAUACAGUUUUCUUUGAACAAGUGUUAUUUUAAAGAAAAACUUUUUUUAUGCAUCACAAUCUCAAGAUGGUUUUGUUUUUAAUCAGUUCAUGGAAAUGGUCAGCCUCUUUAUGUACCUGGAACAGUGACACCUGUUAACAGUCAUUUUGACAUGGCAGUUGAAUAAAAUAACUACAAAUUUAUGAAUUAAAAAAAAAAAAAAAAACCUUGGGGCUGUGUUUGGUUCUACCUGCUACUAUGGAAAUUUCACAGGAAAGGACAAUAAUUAUUUUUGUAUAAAGGGGUGCUGUAUUUUGGAGCAGCCACUAACUUGUAAGCAAAAUAAUUGUAAGAUAUUGUCAAUUAUAAAUAUGAACAUAUGAUUUUUGUCACACUGUCAAAGUCAUGUACAUUUUCAGGUGGCCUUAUGUACAUUUCCAGAUGUUAGAUGAGAAAAUAACUUUUUUUUGUUGUUGUUGUUUUUUCUUUUUUUUUUUGGAAGCAGAAUUGUGACUGUAUGAUUAAACUGUUCUUCUAACAUU